AUGCAGAAACGCGCGGUGGCGGUGGGCGCGGCGGCCGCCGUGCUCGGCCUCGCCGCGGCCGUCCUGGGGUUCGCCGCGGAGUAUUUCAAGCACAAGGCUUUCGUGGGGUCCGACACGUUCCGCUGCGAGUACCGGCGCACGCCGGCGUUCGGCUGCGGCAUCGCCGCCGCGCUGCUCUCGCUGGCCGGGGUGGCGCUCGUCACCGCGGCCAGCGGCUGCUUCGGCCGCUUCGGCGCCGCCGCCGUCGUCGCGCCCGCGCGCGGCACCGUCAGGAAGGUGUGCGCGGCGCUCGCGUGGCUGCUGGUGGCGGCGGCGGCGGUUAUGUUCAUGUACGGCGCGUCGCGGAACGCGGGAGGGACGGGGGGCUUCACCGCGGUCGAGCGGCGGCCCGGGAGCAGCAGCGGCGGCCGCGCCUUCGACUUCGUCUGCACCGAGCUCAGGGACGGAGUCUUCAAGUCGGCGUCGCUCGCGGCCGCCGCCGGCAUCGCCUGUGCGAUCGCGGCCUACUUCGACGCCCUCCGGCAGAGGGACCAGACGGCCACGUUGGGCGUCGCAAUGGGGCAGCCGCAGUGGUCGUCGCAGCCACCAUACCCGGCUCCCGUGGCUUACCCUCCGUACGGUGGCUACGGCGCCAAGCAACCUGCAGGGGCAGCGUGA